CUGCAAAGGUUUUUUGACAUAUUCUUCAAAAGCAGUUCUCCCCAACAAGCUUUCAACAACAUGAAGGAAGCUAUAAGCAAACUUCUACUUAUAACUGAGGUCUUCAGUGAAUCAUCUGCCUCAGGACCAAAUUCUUUCAAUCAAUGCAGACAAUGUUUUCAAAUGCUAACCUUUGACAUUGGAUUCGGCACCUCCAUAUACCCAGUAGUUCUAGAGGUGCAUGAAAACUUUGACUUUCAAGAUGAGGAUGAAUCAAAUAUUCAGGACCAAACUUUCAAAGAAUUUCUUUUUGAAGAUACUUUUAAAUUUCUCUUACCUAAUGAAUCCUCAACAUCCAGUUUCAUAGAAGCUUUCCAAAAAAUAUACAGAUCAGCUGUGAGCAAGGAUGGAACUUACCACAAAGAAGAUGAGCAAUGUUUGUCUCUAGAAGAGAUAAACUCAAUGAUUACUUUCAUAAAGGAGCUGAAGAGUCUUGGACAAUUUGAGCUGCUUUUCCCUUCUGCUGCACCCAAGAUUCAAACUUUACUGCGUGACCUUUAUCACAUGGUAGACCCAAUGAGGCGGCUUGGUUCAGUCCUGACUGUGCAUUGGUUGCUUUCCAGUUUACUUGAACAAUUCCAGUCCAUGACUAAAGAAGCACACACAAGUCUUUCAGAAUGGAGAAGCAAGAAGAAUUCUAGAAACUCAUCUCAAACUAUAAUGAAAUGGUUACAGCCUAGGAAUUCUUCUCAAGAAAAUGUGAGUCCUAAGCAGAAUGUUCCUUCUGACUUCAGGAAGAAUCAUGAAGCAUUUUAUUAUUCCAGUAAGACUAAAGAAAGACAAUGCAGUUAUGAUAAAGAUACCCUAUCUCAUAUCAGGCAGAUCUUCACCAGUCCACAGCUGGACUUGAAUCCUCAGUUUAACCCAAAGAUCAAAGAAUACUACACAGAAGUCCCAUUCGACAUGGUAACUGUGAAGAUAGGAGCAGAACCCUCUAACUGUCAAUGCCAAGUACAUCUUGACGAGAAGAAAGGGCCAAGCAUUGCUAACUACCCCCUUGGCCUUGGAUUGAACAAAAUCAUCGUUCUUGUAACAGAUGAUUCGCAGCCCAGCCCUCAGGUUGUGAGCAGCUACAAAAUCACAAUUUAUCGAGAGGACCGCCCUAGUCUGCCUUUGUUUGAUGACUAUAUGAUGUGUGGGUUUGUGCAG